AGGAGGAAAGGGAUACCAAGUUACAAAGCACACUUGAUCCUGCCUUCUUGAUUGAUGUCGCCAAUCCAAGACAAGCUCGCUGCGGAGGAAGAAUGCCGUAGGACAGAGGAGGAAGACCGUUGGUGCAAGAUAGCGCUUGAAUCACUCACUGAUGCUCAGCGUGAAAAGUUUGCAGCAGAUCCCCUGGAUGUUCUCAUGAUUGUGAGAGGGUUCUGGGGAGAGUCAGACAGGAGGAAAGCGAUUUGCGAUGCCAUCAAGAUGAUCGCUGACUGGCGGGACAAGGUUGGGUUCUACAAAUUUUUCGACUGCCAUAUCCAAGACGAUAAGAAUUUUCAUGCAUGGUGGCCGGAAAAGAUGUAUGGGCACGAUAAAUGGGGGCAUUUCAUCCAGGGAGUAAGGGCUGGCGAAGUAGACACAGAUUCAUUGAUGACGUUGAGCGAUGAAGCCCUGGAAAGUCUACAAGGGCAGAAGAUGAGCGCCUAUCAAAUCUACAAGCAUGAAUGGAUGAUGCAAAAUGGAUCACAACGAUACAAGCACACUCUAUGCGUAGAUCUGACGAACAUGAGUAUGAACAUGCUGCGAGGAAAGAAGAGACAAGUUCUUCAAAAGAUUUUUCACAUUGGUUCAACUUACUACCCUGAGAGCAUGUGGAAGAUUUAUCUGGUGAACUCUCCACUGAUUUUCCGAGCGAUCUGGGCAAUCAUCAAGCCAUGGCUGCACCCGGUCACGUUGAGCAAGAUUCAGAUCAUAGGUAGCGCGAAGGAAGCGAUCAAGAAGAUGAACGAGGAAGGCAUCCCCAUCGAAGCCAUUCCCGACUGGAUGGGAGGGAAACACCCAGGGGUGUCCACCCACGACUACAUCUCCCAGAUCAUCGAGAGGCGAAGAGGAUUCCGCGUGUUGUAACUCGUCAGAGCCUUCACUUAUUUUCCCGUUUAGUUGAGUUUUGUUUCGCUUUUUCCUGUGAGGUGGACAAUGUUGGACCUGCUCGCCAUUGGCACUGCUUCGUCUGUAACGAGUUGGGCUUGUGAUGUGAGGAGGAGGAGGAGGAGGAUUGUUCUAUAAAGUUCUGAUGAAGUCU